AUGACUUCCAACUCCACCGUGAGAAGCCAAAGCGGCAGCCGCCGUGUCUUCAGUGCCGGCUCAGCCAGAGUCCCUGGGGUCAACCGCUCUGGCUUCAGCAGCAUGUCCGUGUGCCGCUCCAGGGGCAGUGGAGGCUUCACUGGAGUGGGUGGAGGAGCUAGCUUUGGCAGCCGCAGCCUCUAUGGCAUAGGGGGCUCCAAGAGGAUCUCCCUCGGAGGGGGCAGCUGUGCCUUCGGUGGCGGAUAUGGCGGCAGAGCUGGAGGCGGCCUUGGCUUUGGAGGCAUCCAAGAGGUCACCAUCAACCAGCGUCUCCUGACUCCCCUCAACCUGCAAAUCGACCCCACCAUCCAGCGAAUCAAGACUGAGGAGCAGGAGCAGAUCAAGACCCUCAACAACAGGUUCGCCUCCUUCAUUGACAAGAUGCCGUUCCUGGAGCAGCAGAACGAGGUCCUGGAGACCAAAUGGAGCCUGCUGCAGGAGCAGGGCACCAAGACCGUGAGGCAGAGCCUGGAGCCCAUCUUCAACACCUACAUCAACCUCCAGUGGCAGUUGGACAGCGUCACCACCAAGAGGGGCAGGCUGGGUGCUGAGCUGAGAACCAUGCAGGAUGUCGUGGAAGAUCUCAAAGUCAGGUGAGAGUGGGAGACCCUUAGAUCACAUGCAGAUGAAGUUAACAAGCACACGGCUGCUGAGAAUGAGUUUGCGGCUCUGAAGAAAGACUUGGAUGCCCCCUACAUGGACAAGGUGGACCUGGAGGCCAAGGUCAACUCUCUGACCAAAGGGACCAAUUUCCUCCGGGUGCUCUUUGAGGCAGAGCUGUCCCAGAUGCAGACCCGGGUCAGCGACACAUCGGUGGUCCUGUCCAUGGACCACAACUGCAGCCUGGACCUGGAUGGCAUCAUCGCCGAGGUCAAAGCCCAGUACGAGGACAUCGCCAACCGCAGCCGGGCUGAUGCUGUGUCCUGGUACCAGACCAAGUACGAGGAGCUGCAGGUCACGGCAGGCCGGCCCGGCGAUGAUCUCCACAACACCAAACGAGAGAUCUCUGAGACGGACCGGAUGAUCCAGAGGCUGAGAGCCGGGAUCGACAACGUCAAGAUGCAGUGUGCCAGCCUGCACACAGCCAUCGCCGACGCGGAACAGCACGGAGAACUGGCCCUCAAGGAUGCACGGGCCAAGCUGGUGGACCUGGAGGAGGCCCUGCAGAAGGCCAAGCGGGACAUGGCACAGCUGCUGCGUGAGUAGGAGCUCAUGAACAUCAAGCUGGCCUUGGACAUGGAGGUCGCCACUUACAGGAAGCUGCUGGAGGGCGAGGAGUGCAAAUAUGAAGAGGAGCUCUCCCUGCAGCCCUCUGCUGAGAAUGAGUUUGUUGCCUUGAAGAAGGAUGUGGACACAGCCUUCCUGAUAAAGGCUGACCUGGAGACCAAUGUGGGUCUGGUCCAGGAGAUCGACUUCCUGAAAAGCUUAUACACCCAGGAGAUCAGCCUGCUGCAGUCUCAGAUCUCAGAGACCUCCAUCAUUGUGAAGGUGGACAAAAGCCAGGAGCUGCAGGCGGGCGGCAUCGUUUCCCAGAUCGAAGCCCAGUACGACAAAAUCUCCAGCCGCAGCAAAGCACAAGCAGAGGCCUGGUACCAGAGCCGGUAUGAGGAGCUGCGGCUGACAGCCGGGACCCGCUGUGACAACCUCCACAACGGCAAGAACGAGAUUCUGGAAAUAAACAAGCUGAUUCAGUGGUUGCAGCAAGACAUUGAGAAUGUCAAAGCCCAGAUGAGGCCAUCACAGGGGUGCGCCAUGCCCGAGGCGGAGCAGCAGGGGGAGGCGGCCCUCAACGACGCCAAGUGCAAGCUGGCUGGGCUGGAGGAGGCCCUGCAGAAGACCAGGCAGGAUAUGGCCUGCCUGCUCAAGGAGUUCCAGCAGGUGAUGAACUCCAAGCUGGGCCUGGACAUCGAGAUCGCCACCUACAGGCGCCUGCUGGAGGGCGAGGAGCACGGGCUGCAUGAAGGCGUUGGGCCCGUGAAUAUCUCUGUGAACAGCUCCAAAGGCACAUCCUCUACGAGCCAAGCAGUUAGCAUCGAGAUGAGCCAGCAAACUGCCUACACUAGCUCAGCCAGCAGAUCUCAGGAUUACAUCCAGACCAGCUCCCAACAGGAAGCAGAAACUGUCAGAGCAGCAAAAGCCCCAGCCCGGAGUUUCCAGGACAACUCCCCUCUCCCCACCUGCUGA